UUGAAGCGUUCAGUUUUACAAGUUGGAUGUCUUCAUCAAUAUUGAGGUACGAUUAUCGCCAAACAUCUUUACCUACCUGGAAAUAUACUAAUUGAUUUUUACAGAAUCUGUGUUUACUUUCCAAUGUAGACGUAUUGGUACAUUUGAGAUUGUUGAAUUAUGGAUAAGAUGCUUUCUUUAAAAGUAAGCCAUUCGUUUGAAGUUUUUCAAUGAUCGGUGGAUAUGGCUAGUUUUCGGACUACUGGUAAAAAAAUUAAAAUGGCGAUGCCUAGAAUGCAGAGUAGUUCCAGUCAGUGUUGCUUAUGUUCUAUCGGGGUGUUUCUGUUUCUAUUUGGCAUCAUAAUGAUAGCUACAGGUGCUAGUCUUAUUCUUAAUUAUGGGAUAGUAAACGAUGAUUUGUUGCUGCCAGAACUUAGAAACGAUGAAGGAAAGAAAAUUGUAGGAAUUGUUUUAAUAUGCGUAGGGUUAGUUUUUGGAAUAGUGAGUGUGUCCGUUAGUGCUUAUUACUUUUGUGCGCCUUCAAAACAUCCAAUUUCUAUCAAACCGGAUGAUAUCAGAAGUAUUUCGAAUGGAAGUACUUUGUCGGGUGCAAGAAUAACAUCUACACAGAGGCCUGGCUCUAACCAAAGUGCAAGAAGCGGUUCGAAUCAAAGUGCAAGAAGUGGUUCAAACCAAAGUGCAAGAAGUAAUGGUCAAGGGACAAGGAGGAAGGUUAGUCCAGUUGAUGGACCACUCAAACCGAUCGAAAAAUCUUCAGGGAGUCAAUUUUCUCAAAGUAUACCUAGUGUUCACCAUAGAUCGAAAAACAAACAAAAGACGAAAAAGAAAAGCAAACGACUUGUAACAAAAACACAAUUAGAAGAUAUAAAAGAAUUAGAUACGGUGUCCAGGAAAACAAUGGACAUCGGUGACGAUAACAAUUACGAUACUCCACGUAGUCCGAGUGAGUUAGACUCCGCUUCGAUAAAUACUAGUGAAACGUCUAGUAGAGUACCAACAUACCACGUGACAGAUUAUAGCAUGCAACAAUCAGAUCAUAGCAUAAUAGUGCAAACGGGGGGUAGCAUAAAACAUACAAAUCAUUAUAACAUGCAAACAAAUAAUAGUGAUAUUGACACAUAUCAUAAUGCGCUUCCGGGCACAGCGUCCUCGGAAAAUAGUAACGACUAUGAAAGUGACGAUCAAAUCAUGAAUAAAAACAAAAGAAAAAAUCAUUCACAUGGUAGUCAUGACAAUCCAACUUUCGAUGGUUGUGAAUUAGAAUCCACCGGAAGCGAGUCUACAAUCAACAAAGCAAUAUUAAGUGAUGUAAACGAUGAACAGUCCCAAACUUCAUCAUUGUGAUAGUAGUUUCUUCUUUUUUUUUUAAAUACAACGCCGUGACGUCUGCUGGAUUCAAUCGUCACUCGCCUGCUGAAUUUUGAUUGGCUGGUCCACUCAUGUGAUAAAAUAUUUGAAUGAAGUGCUGAAUUAUAAGUCACUGGUAUUUUUUAAUGUUCUAUUAGUUACAUGUCAAAAUGUGUCGUAUGCUUGUGUCAAAUGUUAAAUAUCUCAAGUCUUCAAAGUAGAAAUGAACUAUUAAUUAGAAAAUAAAAACUACGUUUCCUUCAAACGCUAGUUUCACACGAUGUAGUCAUUUAACCUAUUACUAUUACCUAGCACUUAAUAUAUUGACUAAACUUUUAUACUAUACCUAGCUAUCAUUUAACGUUCUUCUUCAGAGGUGUUCUGAUCGUUUCCUCAGAAAUAUUGAAGUAGAACGUAUACUAUACCGAUAUCGUAGUAUAUACUCAAUAGUUGUAAACUUUCCAUUCAAUAAUAUGACUUGUCCAUAUUUAAACAAAUGAUAAUUCACGGAGAUACACAUUUUUUGUUUGUUCAUUUGCUCAUUAUUUUUCUGACAAUCAUUGUUAUUUUCUGUGAUACGAAAUUAUUUCAAGUAGAAAUUAAAAUGUCAUUUUGUAAACCGUCAAAUUAUUUUUAAUAAAACAGUAGCUACGGAGACAUAUGUUUGUACAUAACUAACUUAGUUACUAAGGACAAACAUACCACAUGUAAGUUCUAAGACUAGAUCACCAAUUUAAUUGAAUUCCUUGCGUGGUCGUUUACGUUACAAUCAGCUGAAAGAAAUUAAGUAUUAAAUACUUAUGUUCUGAAACAAUAUAUACUAUAUAUAUACGAAAAAAUGUUAAAUACUUUUUUUACACAUCAUAAUGUAAAAUCUCCGUUGUGCUUAACAUUUCAUUAUUCGUCUACUUAGAUUUAUCUGUCACCGACUGUCUUUGGUUUAAGACAGAUACUCCUGUUUGUUCCACUGGUAAAACUAUAAUGAAAUUGUACGCGAGUUUAAACAAUCCCAUUAACAAUCAUAGUAACUUGUAGUCGGGUAGGUUAUUCAGGGAAUACAAUUCUUACCCCGGGUUUUAUAACUUGCUGUAUUUAUAUUUAAAUGAUUUACGUUAAGAGUUGUGUGUGAGAGCGAAAUUUUGGUGCACUUGAUCAAUGCAGAACAGUCAAAUUGUGAUCUUUUAUUCUUAUACAUGUGUUUGUUGAGUGUUGUUUAAACUAACAAGCUUUUUACAUGCCAUAUAUUUUUUUGUCAAUGCAAGUAUGUAAUGUAUGCAGUUAUCGUAUAUUUCUGGUCAAUGCAAGCUCAUGUAGUGUAUCUGUAAAGAAGAUAUUUCAUAUUUUGUAUAAUUUAACUUAUUUUUUACUGUAAACGAAAUAUGUUAUUCUUAUUUCACCAAUAAUUACUGUAUUAUGUUCAUCUAAUUGUCGUUUAAACGGCUGCAUACUUCGAAACCAUUUUCUAUUCAAGAAGUGGAAAAUAAUGUUUCAGUUAAUAAAUCUAAUCAUAUUAGUCAUAAAAAUGUUUUACAUAAUUUAAGAGUAGUUCACAUUUUUUUUUCCGAACAAGGUUUAGUUAGUUAGUGAAUAUGCCAUUUUCAACAGGUGAAAUUUAUAUUUGGAAAUACAAAAAAAUAUUAAAACAAAUUCGUAUGUUGACAUUUCAUGCAUCUAAUAAUUUCCAUUAUCUAUUGGAACUUAACAUGCAUUAAAAUGUCUUUAUACUAUGAAUAUGUUUUAUACGAAUUGCCGGCAAGUAUCCGUUUGCAUAGUUGUAGAUUUUUGAAACAGCCUUUGACAAUACGUAUAAAAUUCUUUAAGACAUUCGUAUCAUUAAUAUUUUCGUCCUGAAUAUGCAUGAAAUAUUUGCCACUGGACGUGAAGCAAACAUUAAUCAAUCAUCGUUUAUGUUAAAUCCUGCAAUAAUCCCUUACCAAAGUGUUUAAUGGUUUACAGUUAAAACUGCUGGUGUAACAUUUAUUUGUGAUAUAUGUCAAAACUUUUUAAAUCCUUUAAUUUACCAUAUAUUGUCCUCAAUUGUAGAUCUAAAAUGAUAUCAUUAAACUUUUAAAUGGUCUGAAGUGAAAUCAAAGUUUUGAAAUUAAGUACGAAAUAAAAUUUAAUUUGAAACUUAUAAAAGUUGCAGUUAAUUUAGAACUUAUAAAAGUUUACGACAAUCAUACUGUGGGUCUUCUUCUUACUCUAACAUACGGAAGACUUUGCCACUAAUAUUGCCAAGGUUCGGUCACUACCUAUUAUAUAUCAUGAUGCAGGGAUUCCUCAGGUACUUUGCUUGAACUGACGUUAUGAAAUAAUCAUCUAUGACCUCAACAUAUUAAUUCACCGCAGUUUUUUUUUUUAAAGAAAUAUGGAAUUUUCCCUCUUUAUUUGAAGGGGAUGUAAAACGAAGAUGGAAUAACGAAUUUAUCUACAAAACAUUAACUAUACAUAGAACUAGCGAACCAAAUAUGACAAUCGUAUCUCAUAUUACAUUGAACAUUAAGCAAAUAAUUACCGAUCAAUAAAUCUUACGUCACCUAUUUAUUUCAUUAAUUCAACAGAAAGACGUUUUAAGGUAAAAUACAAUCCUUGUUCUCAGCCUCGCUUUGAAUAUUUAGAUUUAUAUAAGGCUCUUGUGAAGUUUGUGGUAUUAGGUAUAUAUUCCUUAAUAAAUCUUAAUUUUGAUUGAAAAUCAUGAAAUUAGUAGGUAAAGAUAUUUAGUCCUAACUUUCUCGGAGCCUGAUUUAUUUACAGUCUUCUUUGUUUGUCUAAAUCCUAAGGACCUUAGAUGAAUAGAGCAUAAGAAAUAAAACAACCAAGUUCUGGAUGUCCAUGCAUACGAGUAAGCUCCACAACAUUACACACUAUGAUUCGGUUACGGCAUCUGUGAGCUUGAUGCAUUGACCAUAACCUUUCUAAUAAUGCGAUAAAUUUGGGGAUACUAUAUAUUGCAAAUAUUACGUCCGUUAGAGUAAUAACAAACUUUAAAAUAAUACAAGACACAUUAAAGGAAACACAGUAGUACUGCCUUUAAAAUAUAUUAUACAGUUCUGUUUAGAUUGCUUGUCUUUGUAAGUGAAGAAUAUCUUUAUUAUUAUGUUAUCUUAUGAUUUUUUUGAAAAUAAAAAUCAACAUUUAAAGAAA